AAGCGGUGGCUGUAGCAGCGGCAACAGAAGCGUUGGCACAUGGAGAUUCGGGAUGACCGAAACCCCUAGAGGAACCAGAGAAGAAGGCAGCAGCAUGAGCACUAUCACUGGUCUGAUAACCAUAAGAAUGAUUCAUCCCUGAAACCGCAGACACAAGAUCAUCGUCCAUCCAUUCAUCUGACAAGUACAAAUCCGGAAGGUCGAAACCUGAAUUUGCAUGCUCAUCAUUUGGCUAUGAUUGGACGUUUAUUUCUGGAAAGGCAAGUUCAAUGGUUAGCAGCAGCACUGCAGCCAGAAGCAGGUUGGGAGAUAGGCCACUGUUCUCACCCACAUUUUUACACAUUUUCAACUUUGGGGUUGUCAUGGUUGUUGAUGCAUGAUCAGCUCCAGGAAACAAAACUGUUAAUACAGCCGCUCUUAUGAAAGGACAAGAUAAGUCAUACCAUGCGAGCUACGUAAAGAACGAGUAAAGCGUUUGGAACUGGCGCUGUUAUGUUGUUAUGGUGCUACCAGUAUCCUUCCCUUGCCUUUUUCACGUAUACCCUUUUAGCCUUUGUUUGCUUGUUAUGUUCCAGUUAACUUGAAUGUACAUGGAAUUGAAGAACAAAUCUCAUUGGAUAAAAUGCUUCAGAAGUCGUGUAUGUCCAUGACUUUUUUGUCCUAAAUCUGAAAUAUCCUUCUUUUGCAAAGGUAAUCAUUACUCAAUAUGUGGUAUGGCUAUCUGUUUAGGUUCAUUUCUUGAUUUUAGAUCAUCUUUAGGUAGCAGCAGUUAAGAUAUAUACAUAUUGUCAGAGUCCAAUUUCUUUAUUUUCUUUUGUUUUGAUAGUGUACCGUCAAGAGAGAGACACUCUGAAAUGAACAAUAGUAAACAUCUGAUAAUAUUGUCUAAAGACAUAGUCAUUUUAAGCCAGUGUUCCGCAUGCUUUGCCUGUGGCUGAUUAUCGCAUGUUCGGGAUGUUGUAUUGUUGGAUCCUUAUUGCUCUGGUUCUGGAAUCAUUACAGAUCGUUUGGACCACCAUCUCAUUCAUCAGGUUUUAAUUGAUUCCUCUUAGUGUGUAUUAGUGACUAAAUUUUAAGACAGUUUUCCAUGUAGAUAACAAGAACUAGGACUCUAUGAGACUGCACAAGCUUUUGAGGAUAUCCAGAAGAAAGCUCUUACCAAUGCACUCUCUCUUCUGAACAUUUACUCACAUGGUGAAUCCGGUCGAGGACAACGAAAGGAUUCUUCAUCGUUUUGUUGACCAACACACAAGAGAUUCUAAUGUAACUAAUCUCUCUUUUUAUAAAACUAUACAGCAAAUUGUCGAUUAGAAUACAAUUUAUUUCUCAAAAAGUUAAAUGAGAAACCCACAGAAAGCGGCAACAAAGAAAAUAAAUGUGACUGAAUAAGACUGAAUUAAAAAAAAUGUGGACACCCAUAGAAUGAUGAAACAAGUGGACGAUCCAACAGAAGAAGCCAAUGUUAACCUCAAAAGCGGCUAGUCUCACCAACGUUAACCAAUAACAAUUCGCCACUUGUCCAAUCAUCCUCCUUCCCAUGUCUCUCUCUCUCGCCCACCCUUUUGAGUCCGUUAAAGGCCACUACCUCGUGUUAUCCAAUACGACCCAUCGUUUUGGCUCCCUUCUAUUUUUUAUAUAAAAUAUAUAUAUUCUCUAUCGAGUUCACAGUUUUAUAAGCUAAUAAAUCCACAGAGAUCUUCCCCAUUCUACUGGUUUAUAUCUACUCCUCUCUCUUCUCCACAAGAUAUUUCAUAACACUUAGUGAAUCAAUAGAGUUUCCAUGUUUUAAGGUCACUCACAAGAAUACAUCUCUCUUUCUUAGUGAAGUCACUUUAUAACUGAAGUAACAAAAAAAAAAAAUAUUAGUUGAAAAUGAGUUUAGGUGCUUUGAUGAGUGAGAAGAGAGCAAGACCAACUUCUUCUCAGGUAUACAUGUCCAAAGAAGUAGACUGGCAAAUGCUUGAUAAGUCAAGGUUCUUCUUCCUCGGUGCUGCUCUCUUCUCCGGUGUAUCCACAGCUCUUUACCCUAUCGUAGUCCUCAAGACAAGGCAACAAGUCUCACCGACGCAUGUCUCCUGCGCCAACAUCUCCUUGGCCAUUGCUAGGCUCGAGGGUCUGAAAGGGUUCUACAAGGGCUUUGGAACGUCUUUGCUUGGAACCAUCCCGGCUCGUGCUCUCUACAUGACGGCUCUGGAGAUCACCAAGAGUAGUGUAGGUCAAGCAACCGUUAGGUUAGGUUUGUCUGAGACAACGUCUAUGGCUGUUUCCAAUGGUGCGGCCGGUUUGGCCUCGGCAGUUGCUGCUCAGGUUGUUUGGACGCCGAUUGAUGUUGUGAGUCAACGGCUUAUGGUUCAAGGAGAUUUGUCGUUGAAUAAGCAUGUCCCUGGAGUGAUCAGUUCUUGUAGGUACGCUAAUGGGUUCGAUGCUUUUAGAAAGAUUCUUUACAGUGAUGGACCGAGAGGGUUCUACAGAGGGUUUGGUCUCUCUAUCUUGACUUACGCGCCUUCAAACGCUGUCUGGUGGGCGUCUUAUUCUCUGUCUCAGAAGAAGAUUUGGUCUCGGUUCAAAGGUCCAUAUGGCCACAAGGAAGAUGCUCGUGGCUCAGUUGCGGUUCAAGCGCUGAGUGCAGCCACAGCGAGCGGUUGCUCAGCUUUGAUAACUAUGCCUGUAGACACAAUCAAGACGAGGCUGCAGGUUUUAGAUGCGGAGGAGAAUGGGAGGAGACGAGCAAUGACGGUGAUGCAGACUUUGAAGAGCUUGAUGAGGGAAGGAGGAGGGUUUGGGGCUUGUUACAGAGGGUUAGGACCAAGGUGGGUCUCAAUGUCAAUGUCUGCAACAACUAUGAUCACAACUUAUGAGUACUUGAAGCGUCUGUCUACAAAGAAGCAGACAUGAUAUAUGAUAAUAAACCACAUUCAUAGUCUAA